GCGGCCCUUCCCUGCCAUCGAGAGGCCGCCGGGAGGGCCGGGGACUGCAGCCAUGAGGAGCCAGGAGAGCGUGCGGCCGGGCCCGGGAUGGGUGGGCAGAGGCAGCCGGAAGGUCUUGCGCAUCUGGUUCGGCAAGAUGUCGGUGAAGGAGGGCGCGCAGCGGAAGUGGGCGGCGCUGAAGGAGAGGCUGGGGCCGCAGGACGCGGACCCCACGGAGGCCAACCUGGAGAACGCGGACCCCGAGCUCUGCAUCCGGCUGCUGCAGAUGCCCUCAGUGGUCAACUACUCGGGCCUGCGCAAGCGGCUGGAGGGCAGCGACGGCAGCUGGAUGGUGCAGUUCCUGGAGCAGAGCGGCCUGGACCUGCUGCUCGAGGCCCUGGCGCGCCUGUCGGGCCGCGGCGUGGCCCGCAUCUCGGACGCCCUGCUGCAGCUCACCUGCAUCAGCUGCGUGCGCGCCGUCAUGAACUCGCAGCAGGGCAUGGAAUACAUCCUCAGCAACCAGGCCUACGUGCGCCAGCUCUCCCAGGCUCUGGACACGUCCAACGUGAUGGUCAAGAAGCAGGUGUUUGAGCUGCUGGCCGCCCUGUGCAUCUACUCGCCCGAGGGCCACGCCCUGGCCCUGGACGCCCUGGACCACUACAAGACGGUGUGCAGCCAGCAGUACCGCUUCAGCGUCGUCAUGACGGAGCUGUCCGGCAGCGACAACCUGCCCUACGUGGCCACCCUGCUCAGCGUGGUCAACGCCAUCAUCCUGGGCCCCGAGGACCUGCGCACCCGCACCCAGCUGCGCGGCGAGUUCAUCGGGCUGCAGCUGCUGGAUGUCCUGACACGGCUUCGGGACCUGGAGGACGCAGACGUGCUGAUCCAGCUUGAGGCCUUCGAGGAGGCCAAGGCGGAGGACGAGGAGGAGCUGCUGCAGGCGUGCGGGGGCGUCGACAUGAGCAGCCACCAGGAGGUCUUCAACUCCCUGUUCCACAAGGUGAGCCGCUCCCCGGCGUCCGCCCAGCUGCUGUCCGUGCUGCAGGGCCUCCUGCACCUGGACCCCGGGCUGCGCUCCAGCCAGCUGCUCUGGGAGGCGCUGGAGCGCCUGGUGGACCGGGCCGUGCUCCUGGCCAGCGACGCCCAGGAAUGCACCCUGGACGAGAUGGUCGAGCGGCUCGUGUCCGGCAAGAGGCGGCCCCGCCCGAGCUCCCUGGACAAGGCCCACAAGGGCGUCCAGGCCGACCUAGGCCGGAGCCGGAAGGGCAGCUCCCCCCAGAACACGGGCGCCCCGAAGGCGGGGGUGGAGGACCAGCUGCCCGCCGUGACCCUCGCUGGCCUGCGGGCCGUCAGCGUCCAGAGUUCCAGCAGCGAGCAGCCAGCGGCCCUGGAACAGCAGAUGCCCACCCCGCCCCUGCCGGCCCCAGCUCCACCGCCCAGCCCCCUCCCCCUCCCCCCACCACCCCCACCCCCACCUCUCCCCGGUCCAGCAACCUCAUUCCCCCCACCUCCCCCACCCCCACCCCUGCCAGGUCCAGCGACCUCAUUCCCCCCUCCACCCCCGCCUCCCCUACCCCCACCCCUGCCAGGCCUGGGGACCUCGUUCCCCCCACCCCCUCCACCCCCACCUCUGCCUGGCCUGAGCGGGACCCUACCCCCCGCCCCUCCACCACCCCCGGGCAUGGGGUGCCCGCCCCCGCCUCCGCCCCUGCCGGGCUUCGCUGCCCCCCCUGCCGUGGGCGGCGUGGAGGAGAUCAUUGUGGCCCACGUGGACCACAGCCUGGGCUCCGCCCGGGUCCCCAGCCACCGGCGGGUCAACCCCCCGACGCUGCGCAUGAAGAAGCUAAACUGGCAGAAGCUGCCGUCCCACGUGGCACAAGAGCACAGCUCCAUGUGGGCCGCGCUGGGCAGCCUGGGCGCCGAGGCGGUGGAGCCCGACUUCUCCAGCAUCGAGCAGCUCUUCUCCUUCCCCGUGGCCAAGCCCAAGGAGCCGGCGGCCGCCCCGGCCAGGAAGGAGCCCAAGGAGAUCACCUUCCUGGACUCCAAGAAGAGCCUGAACCUCAACAUCUUCCUGAAGCAGUUCAAGUGCUCCAACGAGGAGGUCACCGCCAUGAUCCGAGCCGGGGACACGGCCAGGUUUGACGUGGAGGUGCUCAAGCAGCUGCUCAAACUCCUGCCCGAGAAGCACGAGAUUGAAAACCUGCGCUCCUUCUCGGAGGACCGCGCCAAGCUGGCCAGCGCCGACCAGUUCUACCUCCUGCUGCUGGGGAUCCCCUGCUACCAGCUGCGGGUGGAAUGCAUGCUGCUGUGCGAGGGCACGGCCGUGGUGCUGGACAUGGUGCGGCCCAAGGCCCAGCUGAUGCUCAGCGCCUGCGAGAGCCUGCUGUCCAGCCGCCAGCUGCCCGUCUUCUGCCAGCUGAUCCUGAAGAUUGGGAACUUCCUCAACUACGGCAGCCACACGGGGAACGCCGACGGCUUCAAGAUCAGCACGCUGCUGAAGCUCACGGAGACCAAGUCCCAGCAGAGCCGCGUGACGCUGCUGCACCACGUGCUGGAGGAGGUGGAGAGGAGCCACCCGGACCUUCUGCAGCUGCCCCGAGAGCUGGAGCAGCCCGCCCAGGCGGCAGGGAUCAACCUUGAGAUCAUCCGCUCUGAGUCCAGCGGCAACCUGAAGAGGCUGCUGGAGAUGGAGCGGAAGGUGGCGGCCUCCCAGGAGCCUGAAGUGCGGGAGCAGUACGCCCAGCGCCUGCAGGCCAGCAUCGAGGCCUCCCAGGCGCUGGAGCAGGUGUUCGAGGCCGUGGAGCAGAAGAAGCUGGCGUUGGCCAACUACCUGUGCGAGGACGCCCAGCAGCUGAGCCUGGAGGAUACGUUCAGCACCAUGAAGACCUUCCGGGACCUCUUCCUCCGCGCCCUGAAGGAGAACAAGGACCGGCAGGAGCAGGCAGCCAAGGCCGAGAGGAGGAAGCGGCAGCUGGCGGAGGAGGAGGCGCGGAGGCCGCGGGACGAGGACGGGAAGCCUGUCAGGAAGGGAGGCAAGAAGCAGCAGGAGGAGGUGUGUGUCAUCGAUGCGCUGCUGGCGGACAUCAGAAAGGGCUUCCAGCUGCGCAAGACGGCGCGCGGCCGUGGCGACGGGGACGGGGGCAGCCGGGGAGCAGCCGCAGGCCCCCCGCGGGACACCGCGCCUGUGGCCUCCAGCGGCCCCCCAGGAGGCCCCAGGGUUGGCACCAGCAGCCCGGCCUCUGGGCCUGGUCUCGACGUGGUCGACGCGGAGGCAGCCAGGCCGCCCCAGGACUGGGACCUCGCGGACGCCACAGCCCCCAGCUCGAAGCCCCCUGCGGACCCGUCGGAGGAGGCUGGCCCCUGGCCCCAGGAGAGGCGAUCCUCCUGGUACGUGGACGCCAGCGAUGUCCUGCCCACGGAGGACCCCCUGAGCUCCCAGCCGCCUGCAGCGGCCUGGCCCGUGGUGCUGGGGGACGCGCGGGCCCUGGAGCCCCUCCCGUUCUCCAGUGAGCAGUCCCCCGGGGCCCUGGGCUCGAGCGGGGAUGCUGAGGAUCCCACAGCCCUUGGGGGCGUCGGCUGGGCCGAAGCUGACAGCACAGGAGAGGGGCCGGCGGCCACAGCUGCCCUCGGCCGAGGAGCCGGCCCUCCCGCCGCAGCGGCCGGCGGGGACGAGGACCCAGAGGACACCGCCCCCGAUUCCGCGCUGGACACGUCCCUGGACAGGUCCUUCUCCGAGGACUCGGUGGCCGACUCCUCGGGGUCCGGCACCCUCCCCAGGGCCCAGGGCCGGGCCUCGAAGGGGACGGGCAGGCGGAGGAAGAAGCACCGGACUCGGAUUCAGGAAGAGGUUGCCCCCGACUCUGACGAUAGCAAACCCAAAAGGUUCUGUGUGAUCCAGUAAGGCCUCAGGCCCAAGCCCAGAGCCAAGUGACGCCCCGAGGACCGGCCUCCACGCAGCAGGGCCUGGGCGUGCUGCUGAGCCAGGAGCCGGGAGCACCCAGGGCCGGGCUGGGACUGGGCCCUGGGACAACAGAGCUCGUGCCUUACCCAGCCAGGGGUCUCGGGGGCACGGUGGCCGCCUGGCACCCCUGGACUGCCCGCCUGGCACCUUGGACUGCCCGCCUGGCACCCCUGGACUGCCUGCCUGGUAGCUCUGGACUGCCCGCCUGGCACCCCUGGACUGCCCGCCUGGCACCUUGGACUGCCUGCCUGGCACCCCUGGACUGCCCGCCUGGCACCUUGGACUGCCCGCCUGGCACCUUGGACUGUCCGCCUGGCACCCCUGGACUGCCCGCCUGGUACCCUGGACUGCCCGCCUGGCACCUUGGACUGCCCGCCUGACACCCCUGGACUGUCCGCCUGGCACCCUGGACUGCCUGCACGCCUGGUCUUUGUGGUCCGGCUCUCACGCUGGUGCCGCCCCCGCAUGCACCUGGCACCCACCCGAGGAGGGGUCCUGGCGCGUCCCCAGGCACCUCAGCUUGCACCUACUUUCCAGUGACCUGGCACCCGGAUUCCUCUGGGGACGGCCCGGUACAGACCCCCAAACCACGGGAGCCAGGCAGGCUGGAGCCCCGGUGCCCGUUCUUGCUCCCCAGCCCGGCCCUGUGUGCUCGGCUGGCUGGAACAGGGAUUCUAACAAAUGGGA